GCGUCAUAUUGCGCACUAGGCCGACUCGCUAGGCCUGAGUCGUAAAUAACGUUUUAAAGGCUCAUGCCUCAUUGUAGCACCAAAUAAACCCUUGGAAAAAUUCAGUUUAGCUAUUUAUUAAGCGCUUUCGUGAGAUGUGAUCUGUGUUAACUCAAUAUCUGUCGAAACUCGUGACCAUCCGUUGACUUAUCCGUGCGCGCUCGGUAGGUCAAAAUGGCGUGACUAGGACGAUCGGUUUUAGGUUAUAAUCAUUCCUACUGCAAGGAAUGAUUUAGGAUUCCCUUUUAAUUCCUUUUGGUGAUUGUUUUGGUGAAUUUUGGAAGCCUCGUUGCAUGAGUUAUGAGGACGGAAUGCCCGCAGGCGGUAACAGUCGUUUCCGUGGUUACCCAGCGCGGAUGUCCGAGCGCCAACAGCUCGCACUUCUUCUGCAAAUGACCUCUCAGGAAAUGGUUUCAGGUGGAAAUCGACCUGAAAAUACAAGUUCACAGAGUACUUCAAAGACAUCCCCGCUGCAGCAACAUAGAGGAUCGAAAAAUCGAUGGGCAAAUAAGAAUGGCGAAUCUCCAGCAUCUACCGGGAUUAACCGUAAAGAUGAUUUCCGAGUUCGACAGUUGGUUAAUGGCUAUGAAAGUAGUACCAAGGAAACAAGUGAAAUCACUGGGGCAAGUUCGCUGGACGAAGCGGCGACGACCACGACUGCAGAGAGCCCUCGUUCACCUUCUGAUAUCAACGCUGCAGCGCCAGCCAGCGAUCAGCAGGAGCAACAUUAUCAACCUUAUCAGCAACGCUCAGCUGGCACUGCAUCUGCCGUCACAGAGGACAGUGGAGCCCCCUGUGAGAUGCGGAGAACACCACCGCAAAACAAAGUUGACAGAUUGGGAUCUGGGCAGUCAGGAAGCUCGCCGAGAGUGACGCUUCGUCUCAAUCAAGUCCGAAGUUCGAGGGAUGAAAAGAAAAGCGGUACCAACUCCCGCCAGGGCACUGUGAACACACAGGGACAAAAUCAAAUGGAGGGAACUUCGAAGACAUCGGCCUCUCCCUCGGGAACUGGCAAUGCCAUAUCGUCCAGUUCUAGUGGAAGCGGAACUCCAUCGUCUACUGCCGACAACAAUGACGUUUACGAGUUUAAAAGUUCGAAGGAAGCAACACCAGUAAGAGGUUCCAGUUCUUCGCCAAAUCCUGAAAAAGAAAAAGAUGCCAAGUCUUCCGUGAAUCAGAGCCAAAGCGGAAACACCGGUGCAAGCAGCGGAUCGGCGUCUAACACUUCUGGAGAAACUUCUACGAUCUCUGGAGCUGAAGAUACCGCGACUGUCACCUCGCCUGCCUCGAAGCGAGCUUUUGAGGCCGACAAUGCCGACGAACAAGAUGAAGAAACCCGCAAAAAGAAAAGAAAGGAUAUCGAGAAUCCCAAAGACAAUCCUAAAGGCAGUGCAUCUGGAAGACAAAACAUCGGCAGAAAUAAUGCCAACACUGGUGAAAAGUGUACAAAAUCAGGGAAGCAAGGUGCAGGUUUAGCAUCGGGAAAGAGCAACCAAACUUCUGGUGCAACUAACGCCGAUCGGAAAAGCCCGAGUGCUUCCACCGCGAGCAGUCCCAAGCCCUCGAGCGGAGCGACAUCAGCUUCGAACUCGAAAACGGCAACCCCAGCACCCCCAGAAUCCGAUGGCGAGGAAGUUUCUUCGAAAGCAGAUUCUGGUACUGCGCCAAAAGUUCCGCCUCUGAAGAUCGUCAUACCCCAGAGUACGACUUCAGAACAAGAACAGGGAAAUAGAAUCGGGAAAAACACUUCUAAUAGGAGUCAUCAACUUCCUUAUGUUGUCGCUAGCUCAAAUAGCAACGACUCGACGGAUAAGGAUCAAAAUCAGCCUGCCAGUGGAACGACGAGUCCUACCGAAGCUGGAUCCGCGUCCAAAAACGAAGAUAAAAAGGACUUUAGCGGUGCUCUGCAUGGAGAGGAAAGAUCGACUCAUCAUCAAAGAGUUCUUAGAAGUUCGCACAGAAGCGGAAAUGGUAACGGAUCCUCGAAUUCGAAAGAAGCUUCCGGAGGUACAGGAGGAAACGGAAACUACUCGAAUUCUUCACCCUUGCCAGCCGCUUCAGCCGAUCGUUCCAAUAACUCUUCCCCUCAGCCAACGCCCGAGGCUGGAAAUGCUGAAUCGAACAAAGCUACCUCAUCAGAGUCUGCUACAUCCUCCAGCACAAAGGCAGGAGCGACGGCGGAAAAGUCCGAGAAGAAUAGCGAUAGCAUCAAAGCCCAGAAGGACGGAAAUGAAACGUCCGAGAGUGCGUCCUCUACAGCCUCAACGACAACGACUAGCACUCCAGCUCCAGCACCUGUUGAGCUGCAUCCGAGAAAGAGGAAAAUGAAACCCAGCAAGGAAGCUCUACAAGCUGCAGCCACGGCCUCGAAUGAAGCCUCUGAAACGGCGAGCUCUGGUCCUGAAGUUCAUCCCCACGAUCAACCAAUUACGAACUGCUAUCAGUUGUUUCUUAAUAUUAGGAAGCAGAUCGAGAGAAGAAGAAAAGGUCUCUUCCCAGUUCAGCCAAAACCUCCUCAGGGCUUCAAGGACUACCUAAUGAAUCGGUGCACUUACGUUCUCGCGGGAAAUCCAGAAACUGAACCGAACAUGAAUAUUCCUGCGGGAUUAGUGCAACUUAUGAAGGAUCUUUAUGUUGAUCAGGAAAAGGAGAGACAUCGGCUGAGAAUGCAACACGUCGUGGAGAAAGAGAAACUAGUCUUAUCCGUCGAGCAGGAAAUUUUGAGAGUGCACGGCAGAGCAGCUCGCGCCUUAGCCAAUCAAUCGCUUCCUUUUUCUGUUUGCACUAUACUUAAGGAUGAAGAAGUUUAUAAUGUCAUAACUCCUGAACAAGAAGAGAAGGACAGAAAUGCGAGAAGCAGAUAUAAUGGGAGGUUAUUCUUGAGCUGGCUUCAAGAUGUUGAUGACAAGUGGGAGAAAAUUAAGGAAGCGAUGUUAUUGAGGCAUCACAACGAGGCAGAAUCACUGCACGCGGUGCAGCGCAUGGACUGGGAAUGGAAACUGAAGGAAGUCGGUCUGUGCGAAUUCAAGGCCACUCCUCAAAUCGAAGAUCUCCACGUACCUAUGGUGCACGUUGCCGAUGACUUUGAUCUUUUACCUACUUAGUGUAACUGAACUGUACAAAUCAUCUGCACUUAACUUAACCCGUUGCGUUGCUAUCUUCGAUUCAACAUCGAAGGUAUAAUCUGUGAUCUCUCUCUCUCUCGAUGUAAGCGCGUUAUUUAAACAGCGACGGGAACUAUUCGACACCAAACCAAUCAUUGAUUUUUUUUAAACUUUGGGUACAUAGUUGCCUAUGCAAGGAAAUUUAAUCAGUUUCAUUUUCCUUCACUUGUUUAUCAAGCUCCUUUGAUAAUUCGAUUUCAUCAUUUUAUUAUGAUUUCAAACGUUUUAUAAGCAAUAAUUCGCGUCGACUGUCGCAAAUAUAGAAUCUGGUUGUUUUUUAUACGAAAUGAGGCUGCAUUUCAAAGCCAUCCAAUCACCUGCGACGACCUAUAUUAUAGUACAUACAUAUUUUUUUACUAUCCUUACCGAUCAUCUUAAUUUUCUUCACGAAAACAUUCCUGCUAUUCGACGGAAAAAGCUAGUAAUUAACAUUUGCUCUGUAGAGACGAUUUUCCGACAUUCGUGCCUGAGAAAAUAACCUAUUCGGAAAAAUUCACUUACGAAGUGUUUUCCAUUUGGAUAGCAGGUUCUUUGUUCAUUCUUAUUUCGUCUCUUCUAAUCAAAGAAGCCGCCGGGCACUCGCAUCUUGUACAUAUUUUGUAACUAGCCAUCAACUUUACAGUGUAUAAAGCAUCACGAGGUGAAAGGAGGAGGUUCAAUAAAAUAAGUCGAGAACUUUCAAAUCAA